GUUCCAAAGACCCUUAGUCCACCUUCCCUUCAGCUUCCCAAGCCUGUAGUAUCUCAAUUCCCACAUUUUCACAUUUGAAGAUUGACAAUGUCGCAACCUCAGCAUAACCUCACAGUCCUCAUCUCGGGCAAUGGCUCAAACCUGCAAGCGCUCAUCGACGCUUGCGCCUCCUCCGCACUCCCUAACACGCGCAUCACCCAUGUGAUCUCAAAUCGCAAAGCUGCCUACGGCCUCGAACGCGCGAAGAAAGCCUCGAUAGAAACCACAUACCACAACCUCGUCCCGUACAAGAAGAAGCACCCGCAGACGCCCGAAGGCACGCAGGCCGCACGAACAGAAUACGAUGCCGACCUCUCCAAGACCAUACUCGCCCUCUCCCCGCGACCCGACGUCAUCGUCUGCGCGGGCUGGAUGCACAUUCUCACACCCGAGUUCCUUAAUCCGCUCACCGAGGCCGGCAUCAAGAUCAUAAACCUGCAUCCUGCGCUGCCGGGAGAGUUUGCGGGCGCGGGCGCGAUUGAGAGGGCGUGGGAGGCAGGGAGGAAGGGGGAGAUUAAGAGGACGGGGGUUAUGAUUCAUGAGGUCAUUGCGGAGGUUGACGCAGGGAAGGCGAUUGUCACGCAAGAGAUAGAAUUGAAGGAGGGUGAGAGCUUAGAUGAGCUUGAGGAGAGGGUGCAUAAGGUCGAACAUGGGCUGAUUGUAGAGGGGACAAGAAAAACAUUAGAGGCAUUGAAAAACCAGAGCUGAGUCAAGGAAAGAUACCCCGGAGGUUUCUUGAGAAAGGAUACGAUGCAUUGGACUCAAAUGAAAUUCUAGGGCUUAAACCCGAUAUCGGUAGGGC